ACUCCAGUUAGAUCACAGUGGCUAAACUUACCUUCUAUGUUUACCAAAACAUAAAAUGCUAAGUAUUAUUUUUAUUCGUUAAAGUGAGUCCGAUUUCACUUAGGCAGACACGCGCGCGCGCACACACACAGAGGGGCAUUUCCUCUCUCUUACUGGAAACAGCCAUUUAUGAAUGAAAUGACUGUGGUGCAGCAGCGGUGGGACGUCCCACCACCUCCCCCUCUCCUGAAUAGCAGAGAGAGAACGUAUAAAAAUCCCAGGAAUCCCUGCACCGAGCAGACAUUAGAGUGUGUCAGCGGUGAAGACCCAGGAUGGCAGGUAUUACUCUGUCUCUCUGUUUUCUGUUGUUUCCCCUUUACCUUGCGGAAGAGCAUGUUGUCAAUGAUCUGUACCCUCUGAUGGAGAAGAGUCAGAGCAGCUUCCUGGAAACCAACCAGACCAGAUUACAGGUCAAAGAGACAAACCUUCCCAUCAAUGAGCUUUUGGAGAAGAGCAUCAAGCCCAGUGACUCCAAACUGGCCCUCCAUCCUCUGCCACCAGCAGUGUGGCCAAAGCACAGUGACCUGGACCUGAUUCCUCGCCACCAUUCUCCCCACAACAAGAGCAAGAAGGGUCCCAAGAGUGACCGUCUUGUGGAGCACAACAGUGAGAAGACCAGAGUUGAAAACACUGGACCAGUUUCCAAAAUGCCUGUGACAGGAAGUACAACUGGCACCUCCAACCGCACCGUGCUGAAAAGCAACCAGGACAGCCAGUCUAACGGUAGUCCACCUCAGCAGAGUGAGCCAGAGGGACACCUCAACUCCAGGUCACGGGGUCCAGCCCAGACACAGCCACAGGCUCAGCCACCUCAAUCUGCUUCUCCUGUGCGGAGAGACCACACCGUUCGACGACUGGACCCCGAGGAGAACCGACCUAGGAAGUCCAGCCUCUACCAGCCAGCUAUCAGUGCCUCGGCCAGGAACCACAGUCGACCGCCUGUGGUCUUCAACCGACACUCCUCCAGUCUGCUCCACCAGUAUGACCUCCUGAGGCGAGAGUCUGACUUCACACAUGACGCCUUCUGCAUGAGCGAGUGCAGAAAGGAGAAGGAGGAGAGAGAAUAUUACUGUCACAGUGAGUUUGCCAUCAACGGCGUAGUCCAUGACAUCGAAGUGCUGCGGAAAGGAAUUUGGCUCAUCACAAUGAUGGUGAGCAGCGACAGCUUCUACAAGAUGAGCCGACUCUACACCACCCCGGACAGUUUCUUUUUUAAAGUUCGUCUUCUUGUGCUGGACACGUACAAGUGCAGUAAAGCCUGUCCUGAUGUGAAGCUGGGGACCAGAUACAUAGUGAUGGGGCAGAUCUACCACCGCAGACGUCACCUCCCCGGUGACCUCCUGAACCUGCUGGGGGGUAAACUGAAGCCAGGAGACGGCCUUCUACGAAGCAACAAUUAUGUCAAGAGGUUCAACAAACGGAGACAUCAAAAAACCCUGGACGCCAUCCGCUCCAAGUGUAGGUGAAUCAAACACCGGGAGGCUUUCACCCCGUGUACAGGGAGAAGGACGUUGCAGGUCACCUGAACUGAUCCUCAUCUGUCCAUAUGGAGAGUGGAGCCCUCUAUGGGCUACUAUGGUACAUCUCAAUGUGAGGGCAAAAGUUGAAAGACUGAGAUACAUCGUAUUAGUUUGUACCAUAAGAGAAGUAUUUCUGACCUCUUUGUGUUUAACCUUUGAUUUUUUUUUAAACCCCCGGAAACAACAUCAGUAUCACAUCGUAUUGGUUCCUUUGAUCUCCUUAUUCUAUAAUACACUUGUUGAGAACUGUAUUAACUUCAUGAUGCUUCUUCUUCAUAAAUAGUACUGGCUAGUACAGUUGUUUAAGGCCAGUCCCGCGUGUGUUUAGUUCCUGUGGUUGUUAUUGCUGCGCAGGAAAUGCACCGCUGUCGCAGUAAACGAGGAAAGGAGGCGAGGGGGGGCGGGGGGCACAUGACAUUUGCUAGUCAUGCAGCUCCAUUGAAUUUUUCUGACUUUAAUUUUGCGUCAGUGACAAAAUAUUUUCCCUCGAACAAGGCUUUCCCUGAUCGAGGAAGAAGUGCAUUGUUGUAGGGAAUGUUGCAGUUUAAUCACAGGAAUGUGAUCCUGGCUGCACCUGGACACAACACCAGAGUGGACCUCCACGGGAGUGGACCUCCACGGGAGUGGACCCUCCACCAGAGCGUCCUUUCUGGGGUUACUCUUUUUAACCUGUUUACACUUAAUCACACACUAAUUCGGGGCCAGAGCUCAGAAGUUGUACAUAAAAUAUUUGGACAGGAUCUGGGGAAUUGUCAGGCGGGGGCAGAUAGGGCAGGCAUGAAUUUGGUUUUCUACAAGGGAAUGAGGUGUGGCUGAGGAGAGAGGAUUUUGGAUCUGUUUUUUGUUUAAUUUUAUUAUUUUUCCUUUCUUUUUUUUUUUUUUACCAAAACCAAUAUAUUAUUUAUUUCUUUUAUCUUUUUUUUUACCCUCAGUAGAAAUCUCUGUUGUGACCAACUCUACCUGUGUUCGUAAACAAAGAUCUAAGUUUCAUCCCCACUUCUUGCUGCCCUGACACUCGGCUCGGAGAGCUGAUACGUUCCCAGGCCACAUUAGGGUCUUUCUCUGAAAUAAGUGCUGUGGGGAACCGAUUCAAGCGGACAGGAAAUGGGAGCGUGCUCCACAUCGCAGCAGGAGGACAUUCCUCUUUCUGGAGUAUGAAGACCAGAAGGAGGAGAAGGGUGGAGGGGGAGAAAGAAGGAGUGGAGGCAGGAUGAAGAGGUGGUCUUAUCUUUAAGUUAUGUCUUCCAUCACAGCCACCAAGGCAGUAGAUAAGUGUGAGAAGAAGUGGGGAAACAUACUGUAGCCGCACACACACGCAGUGGAGAAACCACUUUGGGGGAAAUCAUCAUCUGUGGUGCUGAUCCUCUGGAUUCAGUUAGUGGUUUGAGGGAGUGAGGAGGAGGAGGAGGGGGAGCAGGAGGAGAUGGGUGUGUGGAAGUCAAAGGUCAAGCUCAGAGGUGUUCUCCUGUGUCAUGUUGCUAACUCGAACAGAGGAAUUUGUACCAGUUAGAAUCAGGGCUCGUGACCUCGUCCUUCAGUGGUGAAAAACCUCCAAGGGUUGAACAGACAGGAGCGUGUUUCAGACCUGGACUCACUUUUAUCUCCGUCCACACAGUGCGUAGGAUUCAGUAACACACACACGUCUCCACCUCCUCCACCCAAAUCCACAGCAACAUUCAGUGUAAUUUGUUCAAGAAAAUUCCUGCCAUAUUACUGCUGUGUCAGAAAGGUAUGGAAAUGUAGGUCAGAGGUCACAAACCUUUUUUUACAACAAUAUAAUGAUAUUUAUAGCACUGUAUAACAUUGUAAAAACAACUUUCUUUUAUUUUGAUGAAUCAUUUUAAACAAGGUCUGGGAGUAUUUCCAUUUUGACCAGCAUGUGUUACGAAGCUUGUGUGUGGUGUCGGGGAGAGAAUUCAAGAAUUAUCGCUCUUUUUGCACUGAAAAACCAGUAAUAAUACAUUUGUUUUUUUUUUAUUUAUGCCAAACACUAAAUGACGCACAGCCCAGCGGUUGGUUCAGUCAAUGAAUUUGGACACUUUAUGUCCACCCCAGUUUCUGUACUUCUAACCUCUUUAUAGCCUUCAAAUAAUACUUUUGAAAAUGUUGUCAGCUUUGUUGUACACAGUGUGAAUUUCUUUAACAUGAGCAUAAACUUUUUUUCCCCAACCGGGUUCUGUUUGUGCAAUUAUUUUUUUUCACGUUACACCUUAAAUGCUAACCAUUUGACCCACAUACCGGAGAGAUAAAUUAUUUCUUA